AUGAUGAUAUCAAAUGUUAUAGAGGGACUCAAGCCGGUGAUAUUAAUGAUAGUGGUUCAGGCUUCUUUAGCAGGGAUCAACAUAUUCUACAAACUUGCAGGCGCUAAUGGCAUGAACCUUAGCGUCUUGAUAGCUUAUCGUUUUGUUUUUGCCGCCGCUUUCAUUACACCUAUUGCUGCAAUUCUCGAGAGGAAAAGCAGGCCGAGGGUCACAUGGCUAAUAUUGUUCCAAUCAAGUUUAGCUGGCAUGCUACUUGGAUCAUUGGCUCAAAACAUGUACGCUCAUGGUGUGAUAUUGACGUCAGCUACUCUAGCUAGCGCCAUGUUAAAUAUUGUUCCCGCUAUUACUUUUAUUUUAGGCAUCUUUUUCAGGAUGGAAAAGUUAAGUUUUAGUACAAUUGUUGGCAAAGCCAAGAUAAUAGGGACAAUAACAUGCAUUGGAGGAGCUAUGUUUUUAUCAUUUUACAAAGGGAAGGAAAUCAACAUAUGGCCCACAAUUAUUAACCUAGUGAAAGUUGUCAGCAAACCUGGACACGUGGCAACAACCCAACAGCACGGAAAUAUUAGUGCUAUUGGGAUAGUUCUACUCUUAGCCACCUGUUUCUCAUGGGCAGCUAGUUUGAUAGUUCAAGUUAGUAUUAAUUUAUUUUUAUUAUCUAAGCUGUUGAGAAACUAUCCAUGUUCUUACUCUAGUAGUGCUUUAAUGAUGAUCAUGGCCGCAAUCCAAUCCGUUGUUUAUGCUUUGUGUACUGAAAGAGAUUGGAACCAGUGGAAACUAGGAUGGAAUAUCAGGCUUCUAGCCGCUUCUUAUUGUGGUAUCAUAGCUAGUACUGUGAUAUAUCCAUUGCUUGGGUGGUGCAUAAAAAUGCGAGGACCGGUGUAUGUAUCUAUUUUCAAUCCUCUUAUGCUUGUAAUCGUCGCAAUUCUUGGAUCCCUGAUUUUAGAUGAGAAGCUACACGUGGGGAGUGUAUUAGGAUCUGCAAUUAUUAUCAUUGGACUAUACAUGGUGGUAUGGGGUAAAAGCAAAGAAUUGAAGAACUUGUUAUCUCAACCCACCCUCUCAAAUAGCUUCAAUCCUAUGGAAUUAGACCAAAACAAUUUCAGCAGCCACCAUAGCAUCGCUAGUAAUGUAUUAGUGGGUUUGGGCCUUCCACCCGAUGGCCUCAACUUCUCGUCUGCUCGACACGAGAUUAACCUAGCUGACGGAAAUACAUCCUUAAGAGUUGUGCCCCAUGUUGAUAAUGAUGAUGCCGAUAAAAGAGAAGAAUGCACCAAGUCAAAGAGAAUGCUCAAAGGAGAAAUAGUCGAUUUAGUGUGA